UCUGCGUGCAUUACAAGGAGAAGAAUUAUAAGUAAAAGCCAUGAAUAAGCCAAGUGCAUUUUGCAUUCUUCUCUUAUCUUUCAAACCCCAAUUUGCAUUUGCUCAACUCCAGCAGAGAUGGGACAAGCCUUGGCAAAUUUGCAGAGAGCAUUUGAAUCUAAGAUACCAGAAGAGAAAGUGAGAGCUAUUACAGACCGUAUAUUUGAUCGUGUAAUUGAUGAUGCAAAGAAAAAAGCUAAGGAUUCUUCAUCACAGCAGAUAGAAAAAUCCACUCUCACCUUUGAUGGCAUGCAUUCUGCAAUAGUUCAAGUCUUCCAGGAACUGAACAAUAGCAUUCCUGGUUUCAAUCAUAAUCCUUCCACAAAGGAACAGGUUGAAGAAAUGCUCAAGAGUUUUGAUUUAAGCCAAGGUAGCGAGAUCAAUCAGGAGGAGUUUUCAAAGUUGGUACAAAAGUUUACUGCAGACCUGGUGUACAUAGAUGUAAAUGAGCUGCUGAUAAUGAGUGUAACAGUCCCUGCAACAGCCAUAAUGAUCAAGUGGGGCAGCAACUUUAUUGCCAAAGUGCCCACGACACUUUUUGUGACUGCUGUCACAGUUGCUGCUGUGCUAUGCUACUGCAUUUUCAAAAAGCCCAAAUAGAUUUGGGAAAGUUAGUAUUUUAUUUGCUGUAAUUAAAAUAAGUUGUUACUUUAAUGGUGAGAAACCAAUAUUAUCUUUAUUGUA